CCAACCCGCCCCCCCCUCCCGCCCCGUUCCUCCCCCCGACUCCCGCCCCGCACACACGCCUGCCUCUGGGAGGGAAAUAGCCAGGUGGAAUCUCACUCUGUUUCCAUGGACAACCCGUCCAUUAUCACCCAGGUGACUAACCCCAAAGAGGAGGAGAUCCUGUCCUGCACUCAGGAUAAAGUGUCCCAAUGUAAUAUCAGCCUGAAGAAGCAGAGGAGUCGAAGUAUCUUUAGCACCUUAUUCUGCUGCUUUCGUGACUACAAUGUCGAACCACCAUCUACCAACAGCACCAGUGCUCUGCCUCCUUUGGUGGAGGAGAAUGGAGGACUUCAGAAGGGUGACCAGAUGCAGGUCAUGCCUAUACCAAGUCCACCAGCUAAAUACCUCCUGCCAGAACUGACAGCAUCAGACUAUGGGAAGAAGUGUGUGGUCAUUGAUUUAGAUGAAACUUUAGUGCACAGUUCAUUUAAGCCAAUUAGCAAUGCUGAUUUCAUCGUUCCUGUCGAAAUCGAUGGAACCAUACAUCAGGUUUAUGUUUUGAAACGACCACAUGUGGAUGAGUUUCUUCAGAGGAUGGGAGAGCUCUUUGAAUGUGUACUCUUCACAGCCAGUCUAGCCAAGUAUGCAGACCCAGUGGCCGACUUACUGGAUCGCUGGGGUGUGUUCAGGGCAAGGCUCUUUAGAGAAUCCUGUGUUUUCCACCGAGGAAAUUAUGUGAAGGAUCUGAGUCGACUGGGACGUGAGCUGAGUAAAGUUAUUAUAGUAGAUAAUUCUCCUGCAUCUUACAUCUUCCAUCCUGAAAAUGCAGUGCCUGUGCAGUCCUGGUUUGAUGACAUGACAGACACAGAGCUGCUAGAUCUUAUUCCUUUCUUUGAAGGACUAAGCAAAGAGGAAGAAGUUUACAGUAUGCUUCAUAAACUCUGCAACAGGUAGCCCUUAACUUUGACUGACUUCUGCUACUAGAUUGCAGUUGCUAGAGGCUGUCUCCAUCUUUUUCAGCUCUUUCAAAUGUAAGCUUUGGGGAGGUCACCCCUGUCAGAAGUGCUACUCUUGAUCUUCCUGUUACAUUGGACACGAAGGACAAUCAUGAGUGAUGCUCUUAAGCCUUCAGAAGCCUGACUCCUAAGGUCAUGUGUUCAGACUACUUUUUUAAAGGAAAAAAAAAAAAGAAGCUAUUUUAAGUGGGACUCUUUUAAUUAAUUUCAUAAAUGGACAUCUUUUACUGGAUCAGCUUUUCUUAAAACAUGCCAAAAAAAAAAAGAAGCUUGUAUUUCAGCAGUUGAAUUUCUCUCCCUUUCUUCCCCUCCCACUAUGCAGACAAUUUUACCCCCCUGCUUAGAGCAGUUGACCUGACUCUGAAUUUUUUCUUACAGAAUGAAGUGCCUUUUUGAAUGUUAUUUUAAGAUAAAAAAAAUUCAUUUUUGUAUAAGACGUAUUUCCAGACAUCUUUUAGUCUUGUAUUGUCUAAAUGCUUUAAAAAGGAAAAAGGAAAAAAUUUUAUAGAGCACUGUAAUAUAUAACAAAGGAAAAAGUUGAAACCAAGAUGCUGGGUUCCUGUCUCCACAGUGACAUUAAGUUGCAUCACAUUUUGUCACGCUCGGAAGGUUCGGGCGUUUCGUGGGAGGGGUGAAUUGGGUUCAUUACAUGGUUGUUUCACCGAUGAUGAUUUUGGGCACAGUUUGGAACAUAUCUGCAGUUGUUUUGAGCGCUAGGGAAUGAUGGAAUUGAGAAAACAAGGUGGCUGAUAGACCUUAAAGCACCUUCUCUUGUAGACAGAUGAAGUUCUGUUGUCUCUGCUUACGCACAACUGCCAUGCCUCUCGAUUUUCGGAAAACAAUUAUCUUGGGAGAACGGGGAGGAGGAGAUCUAUUUAUUAGUUUAAGGUUCUUUUCUUAAAACAACCCUUCUGGGUAAGCUGGAUAUGUGUUGAGCUGUUUGGAGUACUUUUUUCUUUUAAUUGCUGCUACUGUAUACUCACCAAAUGGAGUUGACCAUCGGCUGUUAUACUGUUUUUGCCACUGUGCCUGUGCUAUGAAACAUUUUCUGUAAGCUGCAAACUUGGGCAAUAAAUAAAAUGCAGGCUUCAUAACCCACCCCCAUGGAUUAAUCCAAUGGUAUCUGAAAUAGCAGAGAACUCAGUUAAAAGGUGACCUGUAAAGGGUAUUUUUUUUAAUUCCUUUUUUUUUUUUUCAAUUGGGGUGAAGCCCUCUCCUUUCGUUGGGAUAUAAAAAUGCAAAAAAGCAUUUUGCUCGCAUCUCUGAUUUGUAUUUCUUUUUCCCCCCAAGCUGUAAGGUACAGAUUGGGAGCUGUAUCGAGCUUUGCUAGAAGGGCACAAGUUACUAGCCUAGACUAAAAUGGCUCCUCUGGCCUUGGAGUUGAGUUAGACUCAUCUCCGAGUCUGAGAACCUGCUUAGCAUCUUCUGCAGUGUCAGAGGUGCUUUUUCAGUUGAAUAACUUUUAAACAUUUUAAGCCUUUGAAGAAAAGGCACACCUUUUCUUUCUUACUUUUUCUCCCCCUUUCCAGUGUCACCUUUUAAUUAUCCUCCACCCCAGAAAUCUGCAAAUGUAAAAAAGUGCAGCUGUGUUUGGCUGUCAUCAGAGAAGACUAAAUGGACUAUUUGGUGCUUCUAAUUAGCCUCGUGCUAAACUCUGAAUUGCAGAUCCCCUUUGCCUUUCCUGUUUCUCUCGCAAAGUCUUGAAGACUUGAGGUAAAAAAAAAAGACAAAACCAACUUUUUUUGCGAUGGACUUGGCUUGUGAUCCUCGUCUAAAACCAUUGGUGAAGCAGCUUAACAACGUUCAUAGAAGGGCAGGCAGUGAGUAGGUUGUAGGUACAGUAUAAAAGUGAGCAGCUGUGCUCCAGCUGUGGCUGCACCCAGGGGUGUUGGAGGCAGUCCCGUCACACUCUGUGUGAGUCCGUAUGGCAUCACCGUUUUGUUUCUUACCAGCUGGCAUUACCUUAGUACUGUACAAUUCUGUGCCACAACAAAAAGACAAAACCGUCAAAUCUAAAAUUAAAAAAAAAAAAAAAAAGCCUACUUUGUUUAAGAAAAAAAAACAGGGGGAAAAAAAAAGAGAGAGACGUAUGGAUUCUGGUUAGUCCAUUAACGUUCCCUUUCUCGGUUUAAGAUUGUUUAAUUUUGUAUUUGACUUCAGAGUAACGAAAACCGUAAGCUGCCAAAAAAAAAAAAAAGAAAAAAAAAGAAAAAGUUGUUCUCUGAGCAGUAUUUUUUUUUUCAACUGCGUUUUGCGGCUUCUGGGCUUCAAAUGCAGUUUGCAGGGAAGUAUUCAGGUUGUAGUUAGUCGUGCAGGUAUGAGAGGAAUGGCUGAAAAAAAAAAAACAAACUCAAAGACUUUUCUCGCAAGCGUUAGACCAAACAGACAAUAAAUAACCCACCGUGGUGACCUGUUGUACGUGAGACAAACCAUGUCAUCCGUUUUGCAUCUCUGAAAGCAGCGAUUUCAUGAACCAGUUGCCUUAAGUCUGUGAAUGAAUGUUGACUAUUAAAAGUGUCUUGUAUUGUUCUAAAAUCCACAUAGAACGGGCAACUGAACUUCUGCACCAGCUUCUGCAGGAAGGGUUCUGACGGUGUUCUGUACAACCGUACUUAACACUGUAUUAUUUUGGCUCUUAAAAUCCACAAAUUUAAAAACAAAAAAAAAAACCAACUUAUUUUAAUAAGUUAGUUUUAGUAAAGCAUUAAAAUAAGAUUUUGUGACAAAGGCAAAAAACUUAGCCACAGCUUUGAUCUCUUAAUAUUAAGAGUAUUUUCUGUAAGUUUUGAGUAAUUUUUUAUUUUUUAACCCACUUGGAGUGCUCUGCAAUCAGGUUUGGACUCCCCUGUGUAUUCAGAUUUGACCAGAGGGAUCAAACUGUCCUAGUUGGUUAUUUUGACACUUAUCAUCGUACUUGAAAUUUCAAGUGUUGAGUUUGCGUGGAUAUACAUACGCUCUAUAUUUAGUUUCUAGAUUGUAACAAAGCAAUAUAGUUCUGUCCAUACAGUCAGAUAAUGGAAUGUCUGUAAAAUUUGCAAUACGGGUAUUUGAUUGUAUUUUGAAUACAAGAGUUUAAAAACUAAAAUAGGAAAAAAAAAAUACUUGUUUCCUAAAUCUCUUGCAUAUUUUGAAGUGCAGUUAGUGCAUGCAGGUCACCAGGGCUGUUAUAAACCCUGGGUUUCAAUUUUAUUAUUUCUGGAUAUUAUAGAAGUUAUUAAAAAGUCUUUUCCAGUUGGUCAUCCUGUUCAGCUAAAGAGAUGCUGCCUGGCCUGAAGUUCUGUUGUCCUUUUUAUGUCGGGUUAAAAACGGUUUUUUGCCUGUAUAGGUAUUUUUGAAUUAAGCUGUAAGGCAGAAUUGCCUUAGAUUCUUUAAAUUCAGCUGAGGUGUUAACGAUUAAAUUGCCAUUUGUAAACUAGGGCUGUGCGCAGAGUCCUUGUUAACAACCACCAGGAAGCGUGGCAGGCUUGGAAUGGGAGAUGGUAGCAAAAUGUACAAUAUUGCUGUGUUCAUUUAGGUAGCUUUGGAAGAGUAAUUUGUCUCUUUGUUUUGCCCUUUUGAUCUUUAUUAAACAGCGAAGUUCUACACGGAGGAAGCUCAACACCUGGAGACAUUUGGUUGUCAGUGUACGCAAAUCACUUUCUUACAGCAUGAUUUUGAUUAGACUGGUUGGGGACAAUAAAGUAUCUAAAUGACACUGGUGUGUGCUGAUGUUGCAGCUUUUGAAAUUUCAGUGUAUC